AUGAGUCAGUGGGAAGCCCUAAAACAACUUGACACAAAGUACUUGGAGCGCGUGGAUGAUCUGUACCAGAAUGAAACCUUUCCUAUGGAUGUUCGGGAAUAUCUUGCUCAUUGGAUUGAAGCUCAAGACUGGGAGAAGGCUAUAACAAAUUAUUCACUGGCCACUAUCCAUUACCAAAAUCUGUUGGAUCAAAUCAACAAUCAGUACAGCCGCUUUAUGCAGGAGAAGAAGUUUGUAUGCCAACACAACUUCAAGAAAUAUAGGCAAAAUAUGCAGGCCUGUUGCGGUGGUGGUCUGAUCAGCCACCAGAAGAUGCAUGAGAGUGGUCUCCGUUAACUUUCCCUUCCUAUCGGCUGCAGAAUGGAGUCCAAACUACCACAAUAAUGUGCAUCAAUACCACCUUGAAGAGGGUCCCCAAAAGACUUGGUGGUGUGAUGGGUUAGGUGCUGUUCUUUAGAUUUUUGGUUAAAACCCAGUCCAGCCUGAUGGGGUAAAAGUUUCCUCUCUCAACUGAUUAUCAUGAUUUCAUAUGAAAUAUUUGGGCAGUUUUAACAUCGUUCCUAGUAGGCAUGGGUAAUGGGUUCACAACAGAAAAGUGCCCAAACGUUGUCAGAUUCUGAGACUACAGAACGGCUAAUCUGGGAAAUAAGUUUAUAUCACAUUUAUGCAUUAAAGAACGCUUUUUUUUUUAAAGGUUGGAAUUGAGGCCUGUAUAGUAGAGAGGGUGCUGCUGUACACUGUCUUGGAAUCUUGAAGUUGACACUUGAAAACAAUUUCUUUGCUUUAAUAUCCUUCUGUUCGGUGAACAAGAAAA